UAUGGGCAAAACGUCACUGCCAAAUUAAAAUAAUGACUAUAAAUCAACCUGUUUUGUUAUUUGGCGAUCCUUAAUUCAUCUUUCUAGUCUACCAAAACAGCUCCAAUGGACCCUCGAACAAACCUCGACAUAGAAUUUAAAGAGCUCCUGUGUAUAAUUCGGCAAUACAUCCCCCGUAUAAAUUCCAACGCGUAUCUUAUGCAAUGCCGAGUUUGGCUCGAAAAAUUGAGCACUACAACUGCAAAUAAGGAAUGCAGAAACGUGUAUCUUGCAGAGCUUAGUAGACAGAUUCAAGCUAACAAACUUUUACCGCCUUUUAAUGAAGCUCCUCCUACUGGAGACUUGAAAAAUCUUACGCGGUUUUUAGGGAAAGAAUCAGUUUCUCGGCGCAGUAGUGCUUCAUCAAAGUCCAAAGAUUCAUAUUCAUCAAGUAAAAACUCCAGGAGACAAGAUAAAGGUGACCUCUUAUCAGACCUGGAUAUAAAUUUAUCAUCCCUUGAUAAUGAAACCUGGGGUUACAUUGGAGACAUUCCAAAAUCGGAAGAUGAAAUAAUGGAGGUUUCUCAUAACCUUUUAAAGAAUCUCACUUCACAAAUCGGUGCCAAAUCUGCCCGGGAAGGUAAUCUGGUGGGAUCAGGGGAGCCAUCAAAGAAAAAUAACGAAAUUCCUAGUGAUGAAUCUUGGUCUGAUGUUUCGGAUAAUACCAUUGAUCCCAAGGAAGAAAUCUACAUUAAAAAGAAGAAAUCUACAGACACUAAACUGAUUAAGAAGAAACAUAGUGGCAACAAACUUAAACCUGACAGUCCGUUUGCCUCCGACUCUAGUAAUGUUAAUUUAGAACAAUGCCUGGGCGGGUUCCUCAAAGAUACAGAUUUAAUAAACUACAUCUCUCAAGACUGGAAGAAGACUAUUGCAGCUCUGCAAUUGCGUUUGUCCGAAAUGAUUCAGCAGAACAACACUUUGAAUGAGAUUAUCCAGAAACUCGAAGGGCAGUUAAAGGAUUCUAGUGCAAAAAAUCAGGCCCAGAUUGAACACAAUUUAAAAAUGGCAGAAAAGCUACAUAAUGAAGAGGUUUCCCAACUGAAAGAGGCCCAUGCAAAUAAGUUAUUUCAAAUAGAGACCUCUAAUAAAGAAACAACUGAAUCUUUAACAAAAAAUUAUGAGGAAAAAUUAACUCAACUAACUUACAGUUAUGAAGAAAAAAUCGCCGAUAUUAAUAAGCAAAAUGAAGAAAGUGAGCUAAGGAAAAAUAAUGAAAUCUGUAGACUUUCAGAAAUAAUUCAAGAUCAGUGCCUAAGGAUCAUGAAUGACAUAUCAUCACUGAAAACUCAAAUUUCAAACUGUAGCUGUGAAAAAAAAGUGCACGUCCUUAAAAAGUGUGUGUCGAAAAUGGAUAAGCUUUUUCAAAAAACUGAAAAGGAUUACAUUAAGCAAAUCGAGCAGCUGAAACAGGAGCUUGAAUUAAAAGAAGGCUCUUUACAGGUUCAAUUAAAGCUUCAAAAAGCCGAACUAAUAACCCAAACCAAGACCGAUCAAAAAGAGCAUUUCGAAGAAAUCUUGAACUCCUUAGAAGUAAAAUACAUAAAAAUGCUGGAGGGACACGAGCUUCAAAUUAUGAAAGCGCGAGAGGAGGAUGUAGAAAAAAUUAAAUAUCUUACAUAUUUAUUGGACAAAAAUGGGAUACCUUAUAAUGACAAAAUUGAAUGCCAAAACAAUAAAGUUUUAUAGAUAUAA